AUGGCUUCCACUGUUGAAUUGGCAUCCUCCUUCAUCGAGGGUGCCCCGCCAGGAGAGCUUGCAGAUGUUGUCGCCGAUGUGCAAGCCUUGACUUCCGAAGGCGAGGAUAUCAUUCCUUCCCUUCUACCCGCAUUCAAACGGUACAACGAGGCGCAGCUCGCAACGGUGAAAUUGCCAGGAUCAAGUCAGGAGGUCAUUGUUAGUGAAUUUAAUGAGCUCGAAGACAACCGCUACUUCGACCCUGAGAGCCAAACCUCGUUCGAGAUCGACCACACCACACAGACGGCCUCGGCAGCACAAUCAUACGCAUUGGAGUCAGAGCACGCCGACUUGAUCAAAUCGCUACUCAAGUCGUUCGGUGUUCAUGCCCGCGAACACUACCCCAACUGCUCAUAUGGUGUCUACCCUAUUGAGAAUGACUCUGCCGUCGCCAUCGUCUUGGUCGCCAACCGAUACUCCCCCAACAACUUCUGGAAUGGUCGUUUCCGCGCAAUUUACCAACUCCCCGUCUCCUCCUCGUCCUCUACCCUGACUGGCAACAUCCACGUUGACGUGCACUACUACGAAGAUGGCAACGUGGCCCUCAAUACUACUAAGCCUAUCAACAUUCCCAUCCCCUCCGUAUCCGCUGAGUCGAUUGUUUCGCGGAUUGCUGCGGCUGAGCGCGAUUACCAGGAAGCGCUGAACCGGGCGUUUGUCCAAUCAUCCGAGGGCGUAUUCAAGGGUCUCCGGAGGCAGCUUCCCAUUACACGACAGAAAGUGGAGUGGGAGAAGGUUGGUGGAUAUCGUCUGGGUCAGGAUAUCUCGGGCGGCAAAGGACGGUAG